CGCGCUCUCUCCUCGGAGCUCUGCGCUCUGCCCGGUCGAUGGUGCUGCCCGGAGCCCCCGGCGUCGUCAUGUCGCGCUCGGAGGAGGUGCACCGGAUCACCGAGAAUGUCUACAAGACUAUCAUGGAACAGUUCAAUCCUAGUCUCCGGAACUUCAUUUCCAUGGGGAAGAACUAUGAAAAAGCCCUGGCAGGUGUGACAUAUGCAGCAAAGGGGUACUUUGAUGCUCUAGUUAAAAUGGGGGAAUUGGCCAGUGAAAGUCAAGGAUCUAAGGAACUGGGUGAUGUUCUUUUCCAGAUGGCUGAAGUCCACAGGCAGAUUCAGAAUCAGUUAGAAGAAAUGCUGAAGUCCUUCCACAAUGAGUUAUUAACACAGCUGGAGCAGAAAGUAGAACUGGACUCACGGUACCUAAGUGCUGCACUGAAGAAAUACCAGACUGAGCAAAGGAAUAAGGGGGACUCACUAGAGAAGUGCCAGGCAGAACUCAAGAAACUUCGGAAGAAGAGCCAAGGGAGCAAGAACCCUCAGAAGUACUCUGACAAGGAGCUACAGUUUAUUGAAGCUAUCAGUAACAAGCAAGGUGAGCUGGAGAACUACGUGUCUGAUGGCUACAAGACAGCACUCACAGAAGAGAGGCGGCGAUUCUGUUUCCUGGUGGAGAAGCAAUGUGCUGUGGCCAAAAAUUCCCUCGUGUACCAUUCCAAGGGAAGAGAAAUAUUGACACAGAAACUCCCACUGUGGCAGCAGGCUUGCUCCGAUCCCAACAAGAUCCCAGACCGUGCCAUUCAGCUCAUGCAACAGAUGGCCAUCAGCAGCAAUGGAACCGUUAUGCCCAGUCCUCUCUCUACAUCAAAAUCAAACCUCGUCAUCUCUGAUCCUAUCCCUGGUGCCAAACCACUCCCAGUCCCACCAGAGCUGGCACCUUUUGUAGGACGAAUGUCCGCCCAAGAGACCAUUCCAGUGAUGAAUGGUGUCUCGGGCUCAGAAGGUGAAGAUUACAACCAUUGGUCUGACAGGAAGCCUCCUCAGCCUAAGUCCUUAUCCCCGCCUCAUCCACAGAAGCAACUGAGUGACACUUACUCCAACACGCUUCCUGUGCGCAAAAGUGUCAUGCCGAAAAACAGCUACGCAACCACCGAAAACAAGACUCUGCCACGUUCUAGCUCCAUGGCCGCAGGCUUGGAGAAGAAUGGCAGGACGAGAGUACGAGCCAUUUUCUCUCAUGCUGCUGGAGAUAACACCACCCUUCUGAGCUUCAAGGAGGGAGACCUCAUUACUUUGCUGGUGCCAGAGGCAAGGGAUGGGUGGCACUACGGCGAGAGCGAGAAGACAAAACUAAGAGGCUGGUUUCCCUUCUCCUAUACCCGUGUGCUGGACAGUGAUGGGAGUGACAGGCUACACAUGAGCCAAGGGAAAAGCAGCAGCACAGGUAACCUGCUGGACAAAGAUGACAUCCCCCCUCCUGAUUACAGCAUGUCCUCCCGAGCUUUCCAGACACAGAAUGUCAGCACUUUCAAACAGAGGCCAUAUAGCGUUGCAGUGCCAGCCUUCCCCCAGGACUACCUUAUGCCCUACGGCCGUGCACUUAAUGAAUAUUCCAGUGGCCCCUACCAACUGCUACCUGCUUCCUACCAGCCUUAUUCUAGGUCAACAGCCGGCGUGGAUGACUAUGGGGCAAGAUCCUCAAGCAGGAAUCCUUUUGCCAACGUUCACCUCAAACCAACGGUGACAAAUGACCGUUCAGCUCCCCACAUCAGCUGAUUCCAGGAACAUUGGGCGACGGCGGGUACCUCGCACCUUUUAACCUCCAUUUCACCUGUGUUGCAUUUCUGUGGUGUCCUUGUACCAUUUACAUGUCUGUCUUCCUGCAACUUUAUUUUUUGUAGUUAAGCUGAAUUGUGAACCCCUCU